AAAAAGCCCAAGAAAAUGUUUCAGAAAAUUGGGGGAGCAAUUCGACCCGAAAUUGAUAAUCUGAAAAUGGAAUCGAACCAAACCCUAGUUCCAGAGAAGGAGGAAGAGAAGAAUCAACUGAUAACAGACGAUGACAGAGAUGGAGAAGAAGAACAACAACAAAGAGGGGAAUGUGGUGAUCACGAAAAUGCGGAAUCUCAAACAUCGUCGUCUUUAAAUGGCAAAGAAAUACUGAAAGCAAUCGAAGUUGUGGAGAGAGAUUCUAUGGCGAUCGCCCAUAGCUACACUUCACUUUUUGCUUCUCUUCGAUCAACUUUAUCAGAGGUUACUAGUACUUCUGUUGAUCACAUGAUCUGCUUUGGUGAUGCAGCAGGACGAGUUCAAGAAUGUGCACUUGAUGCAGCAACUAAAGGAAACCGUUACAUAAACUCUUGCUUAAGAUUGAACGAGGAAAUGAAAGGAAUUGAUAAUCUUGCAACCCAGCUGAAAAUCAUCCGGAGAAACGUAGAUGCAUUGGACUCGGCUGUAAAUAGGCUAGUUCGUUUCCCAUGAGUGUGGAUCUGUCUUGAUGGACGAUGUCAACUAGGUGAGCUGCACAUAUUUUGUGGUGCUUUAUAUAUGAGUGAGAUGCCAGUUAAGUCUUGCUUCUUUGAAGGUUUAAGAAUAAAACAGUGUGUAAUUGAAUGAAUUGCAAGGCUGAUACAUUUUCUAACCCAUAGAAAAGCUUUCACCAUUGUUGCUUUUGCAUACAAUUUUUACCUCACUAUAUCAUUGUACUAUUUGUACUAAUGUUUCUCCUCCAUUUACAUAUCCUUGUUUAGUAGAGUUGUUAUUUGAAGAUCCAUGUAUGAAAA